GUCGAGGCGAAAAAGAGCAUGGUGUUCGACACGACCGUGAUGCCGUUCGACACGACCAAGACCGCGUUUGACUGUGGCGGACACGGCGACCAGCGUGCUCGACAUGACGGCCACCGUGUCAGACCCGACGACCAUCGUGCCGGACACGACGACCGUGUCGGACAAGAAGAUGGACGUGCUCGAUACGAUGGCGGUCGUGUGCGACACGACGACGGCCGUGUUCGACACAAUGGCGAUCAUGUUCGACCCGACGACGAUCGUGUUCGACACGACAACCAGCGUGUUCGACACGACAAGGAUCGUGUUCGACACAAUGACCAUCAUGUUCGACACGACGAUGACCGUGUCGGACACAACGACGAUCGUGUUCGACACGACGACCGCCGUGUUCGACACGACAACGAUCGUGUUCAACACGACGACCAUCGUGUUUGACACGAUGACCAGCGUGUCGGACACGACAACGAUCGUUGUGUCGGACACGACAACGAUCGUGUUCAACACGACGACCAUCGUGUUCAACACGACGACGACCGUGUCAACCAUCGUGUUCAACACGACGACGACUGGGGUGAAAGUGUUUGAGAAAACUUGUUGACGUCACCGAUAAACCAGCACUGGACAC